UUUGGUGCCUGAACGAGAGUGAGGGAGGGGGAGAGAGAAACGCACACACUCAGCGUGAGCUUGUGGUUUAAGCAGACACUAGCCGUGCGUUUAGGGAAACCCACAGUCUCAGCUCCCUGGGAUAAAGGAGUGUUGUUUCUUGCCCUGCUCUUUUUCCCCUUUUCAUUCUUUUAUUUUACUCCCUCCAUCCUUUCUCUUCUUCCUUUUACCUGCGGAAAGAGCUGGACCACUGUUUUCUCCCUGAAACACACCGAGCCGGCCUGAGGCGAGAGCAACGGCUGAGACAGCGCUAUGUGAGACGGUAGCUGAGGCUGAUGCUGUGAUACUGCAGGAGAAACAUACAGGCUCUCAUUUGAUGCAGUGAAGUGCUCCGCGAGGAAAAUCGCAAGCAAAGGUUUGCCGGCCAUGGGGAACCUCAUUAAAGUCCUUGGCAAGGAUUUAGAGAACUGUCCUCAUUUUUUCCUGGAUUUUGAAAAUGCUCAGCCCACAGAGGCCGAGACAGCCGUGUGGAACCAGGUUAGUGCCGUGCUGGAAGAGGCCCAUGGGAUACUGGCGGAGUUACAGUCUUACAAUGGAGCAGGACAGGAAAUAAGAGAGGCGAUUCAGAACCCCAAUGACCUCCAGUUGCAGGAGAAAGCCUGGAAUGCAGUCUGCCCUCUAGUGGCCAAGCUCAAGAGAUUCUAUGAAUUUUCUCUCAGGCUAGAGAAUGCCCUGCGCAGUCUAUUGGAGGCCCUAACCAGCCCACCCUAUGCUCCCAUGCAGCAUCUGGAGAGAGAGCAGGCCCUCGCCAAACAGUUUGCUGAAAUCCUGCACUUCACUCUCAGCUUUGAUGAGCUUAAGAUGACAAAUCCAGCCAUACAGAAUGACUUUAGCUACUAUAGGAGGACCAUCAGCAGGAAUCGUCUGAACAACCAGCAGUUAGAAGCUGAGAAUGAAGUAAAUAAUGAAAUGGCCAAUCGGAUGUCGCUCUUCUACGCUGAAGCCACACCCAUGCUCAAAACCCUGAGCAAUGCCACAACUAAGUUUGUGUCGGAGAAUAAGACUUUGCCAAUUGAGGACACCACAGAUUGCCUGAGCACUAUGGCCUGCGUGUGCCGUGUCAUGCUAGAGACUCCGGAGUACCGGUGCCGUUUCACUAACACAGACACCAUGCUGUUCUGCAUGCGUGUGAUGGUGGGCGUCAUCAUCCUUUAUGACCAUGUUCAUCCAGUGGGUGCCUUUGCCAAGACCUCCAAGAUUGAUAUGAAGGGCUGCAUCAAGGUGUUGAAAGAGCAGCCUUCAAACAGCGUGGAGGGUCUGUUGAAUGCACUGAGGUAUACAACAAGACAUUUAAAUGAUGACAGCACCUCUAAACAAAUCAGGGCUCUGCUUCAAUGAGAUCAGGAGGAGAGGGAGGGACCACAGAGAAAGAGACUGUCAGAGAAUAAACGAUGGUGGCUGGCAAACCUCUGAAACCUGUUUGUUUACAAGAGCAACUUGAUCUCAAAUUAAAUAAGAUAUUCUAGAAAAGAGAAAGGAAUAUGAAAAUAAAUAUAUAUAUAGAGAGAGAGAUUGUUGAUGGUUCAUCGUCAUGUGUCAUUUUAUAAAAGCAGGAAAAAUAGAGAUAUAUAUGUAUAUUAAAAUUCAAAAAAACUACCCGGUGUGAAUAUAAAGGUCUUUCAAAAACAUAUUAAACUGAAUUAAAAAGCGAUAGUUAAAACCACCAACAAAAAUGGUUCAUAUUCCAACUUACAUCUGAGAGUAUUUUUGCACACUUGAAAAGGAAUCCCACCUCACAAAAAAGACUUUAACAUGGCUUGAAACUGUAUAGUUCAGAUCCUUUUUCAUGCGUUUAGACUUGAUUUGAUUUGUAAUGCCUUUGCCUCAUUAUCCUCGAUAUGCUUCAUCCAAUGCAUUCUGGAAAUUGUGGGUUUCCUGAUUAAACUGCAGUCCUUGGCAUUUCAUCUUUGGCACAAAGUCUGUUAAAGGAUAAAUGUAAAGAUCACAUACUUGAGACUCAUCUCCGCUGAUAUCGCCUGAAACAAACUAUAAUCAUCUAGCUGUAUAUACUCGGAAAGCACAGGAUAGUUUUGUAAAGAAAUGAAGCGUUUUGUUAGACUUCUUCACUAGUGCUGUACAGCAAUACUCUACCACCAAGGUGACAACUGCAAACACGUUCAUUUGAAAUGCCUUCAUACCAAUGUAUGAGACACCGGAUAAUGCUAACAGCUCGUCUGUGGGGUUUAAAGGCCAGUUGUACAUAUCAUUAGACGAACAAUCCUUUAAAAAGCUUGAUUUUAUUUUUUUUUUGAUCUUGUAAAGUUGACGUUAAAAUGGAGCGAGUAAGCCAUGAAACUGUAAUUCAGACGCAAACACACAUUCUGCCCUGUGCCAUAGCUGCUUCCUGUACCACUGCGUCUCAUUCACAGUCCAGACGGAGCGACAUAAACAUCAUCAGUAGAAAGUUAACAAAUAAACCAAAUCACACCAUUGUGAAUGACAACACAGCGAUAUGGAUUUGCUUUCCUCUGUAUUCAAAAGCAAACCAUUGCCAAGUGAGACUGCAACAUUGCCUUUUAGAUAAAUAGAAGUGAUGCGCUGUGUGAUGUUCGAGUGAUUCGUUUGUCAUGAACACAAUCUCCUGAGACGGAAAACUAACAUUAUAUACACUCAAAAAACAACAGGCUUGAAGGUGCAAAACACUUGACUUGGUGUAAAUAAGAGGAUUUUUCUUGUGGAAUCUUAUGAGGCCUAAACAAAUGUUCAAUAGAGAUUCUUUCUGUUAGAAUUACAGAAUUAAAAAAAAAAAGAAAAAAAAAAAAGAUGUGGGUUGAAAAACAAAAGAAUGAAUCAAAAAGAUUACCGCGACAAACGCAGUGCUGUACUUUGAGUGUCUCUCGCCAUUAGUCGAACUUGAUUUGAUCUUCUAAUAUGUUUUCUAUAUGGAGUGCUGUUGAAAAACAAAAGCUCUGUAUGAAUAUAUAGAUGGCAUGCUGUAAAAGUUCAGACAAGACUGUAAAUAUGGUGUUUUUAUUCAUUUUUAAUUGUUCGGUGAAUCUGAAUUGGGUAUGUGUUGUCUCUAAGAAAACCAUGCGUUUUUGGCUUGGACCAUCGGACUUGCCGUAGACAUUUGUUCCAGAUCUUCAACUUCAUAUCAGCGGGGAAAUUCAAACAGGGCAGGGAGGAGGGUGGGGGGGACGGGCUGUCCAUUUGCUUGUUAUUUUGUACAUUUUGUGCAAGAAAUAAACUUGUCAUUUACUACAUUCAA